CAAAGACAUACCUUUCCAUCAUCUUAAUUCAUUCACAUUCACAAUGUUUGGUAUUGGAAAAUUUCUAUAUGUCACUCUCUUACUUGUUAACGGCAUUGCGGUUCUUAGUGAGGACAGAUUCCUCAGCAGAAUUGGAUGGUCCACGUCAGACCAAGCUGCUUUCAGUAACCCGGGGGAGGGCAGCGUCAAGACCAGGCUUGUCGACCUAAUUGGCGCCACCAGAACGUUGUUGAGAUUGCCGUUAAUCGGAAUCAACACCAUAGUGAUUAUUUACGAAUUGGUGUUAGGCUAAAGGUCGCUGGUUAACCAUGUUCUCAGGGCGAAUUUGCGACCUAUUGAGAAAGGCCUGUAGAGAAGCAGGUGUGUACUUCUAGCAGCUAAGUUUGUAUCGAAAAUAGGUAUUGAAAUUGAUAAGAACUGAGUUGUAGUAACGAAGGUGAUAUAUUUUGAAUGAUUUAACCAAUAUAUAACUUGUG